UGUUUCCUUUUUCCCUCUUUCCCUUUCUCCUUUCUUCUCGCAGGAAUACACGCCAAUCUAUUCUUGUUCUCUUUUUAUUCUUCUCAGAGAUAAAUGCAUCUCGCUUCGAGAGCUAUGUAACGACGAGUCAGGAUGAAGAUCUUUCUCAUCCGCCAUGCUGAGACUGUCGACAACGUGGGACAGGCUUGGGCCGGCACCACAGACUCCUCGCUAACAAAUCAUGGCGUCCUCCAGAUCCAGCGUCUUGCCCAGUACUUUGUCGCCAUGCACGCCAACUUCACGCACGUGUUUUCGUCCGAUCUCAAACGAGCCGUGGCCACCGCGGAGGGCAUCGUAUCGCCGAAUCAAGGCGCUGGGCCAUCCCUGCUGCCCGUAACGACUCCGUUGCUGCAAGAGCAGCAUUUCGGAUCCCGCGAAGGAUCAAGUUUUCGACGGGGCAGCAAUAAUACAUCCGUCCGCCCCUCAGAGCCAGCAAAAACAGUAGCAGUGGAGACAGAAUCCUCCAUGCGAGCCCGCGCCUACGCAUUUCUGAGCGAAUACCUACUCCCUGUCAUUUUCGAUGGCAGUGGGGAUGUCGCCAUCGUCGCGCACGGUAUGAUCCUCCGCGUGUUAUGGGGCUGUUUGGCACAGUUGUUCUCGCCGGCGGAUGUACGACUUGCCCCUGAGGUCGAAGCUGCCAGGAGUCAGGGACUUUUUCCGAUGUGGAGUAAUACUGGGUUUAUGGAGGUAUCUGUCCUUGCGCAGCCUUUACUUCCUGCCUCUGUUGGCAGGGGUAACACUUACCCCCUGGCUGGCUGGUCGAUGACGGUGCUGUCCCAUGAUAGUAAACCGCAUCUCGACGACCUACGUCGCACGCGCGGUGGGAUAGGAAGUAUGCAGCAUGACGAGACCCAGCAGCGGAUUGAUUCUUUUUUCGGACCGCGAGCAUAACCCUCUACCCUACAAUACAACACAUGUGCCACAUUUGGCCAGAGAACCCAUAAUGAUGACAAUGUUUUCACACAGACUGUUCCGAGAGAUUUUCUCGCAUGCGGAAAGUGAAAAUUACAUGUCCAACUGCUGUCUGAAUGGGUGUAGACUGCAUGUAAAUAAUGCAUAAUUAAUGAAUAGUUAUGAUAGAUCAAAAUGGUAACAAUGCAAACAAUAAAUU